ACCUGAGACAGAGUGAGAAAGAGAGAGAGUUGUAGGAAAUCAAAUCUCAUGUACUCGGUAGGAUCUCACUAGAGAAACAACGGUGUAUGUGAAGAAGAAAAGAUAGGUGAGAGAUCACGUUACUGAAGCCAGUAUAAGUAGAGAGAUUUAGCUGCAUCCAGAGAGAGAGAGAGAGAGAGAGAGGGUGUGCGUUUUAAGAAAGCAGUGUCGAGUACUCUGUAGAAUCUCUCUAGACAGACGAGGGUGUAGGUGGAGAAACAAAGAUCGGUGAGAUCACGUUACUGAAGCUUGUGUAAGUAGAGAUACAGUUGCAAAGAAAGAAACAGUGUGUGAGAGAGAGAAAGAGAGGAGUGUAUGUCAAGACACAAUGAUUGCUACGUUCUGGGGAAGCAGGAAGAGAAGCGUGGAACUGGAAAGCCAAGGAGGGAAGAGGGAGGGGUAGAACAUGGAGCUUGACCGACGUGGGCCGCUGUAAUCUUUUGGUUUGUAUUCUCCCUUUGGCUAAAUUCAUCUGCGUUCCUUCCUCCCAAUAUAUUUCUUUCCCUUCUUCCCUUCCUAUUCCUUUUCUCUAUUCUCUCCUCUGUCGCGGUAGCAGCGGCCUCAGCUGCAGCAGCGUAAUAAUAUGUCUACGUGGUGAGCCCCUUGGAACAUGGGGAAUGGCAGAGCGAAUCGCGUAAGAGCAAAGUAAAACAGGUCUUCGCCGUACCCUUCAUUUCUCCCGCAAGGAUUACAAGGCCAAAGGGGAAGACAAAAAGCUCUUCCACCCCCUCUAAAGGCAUCAUUGUAGCAUGCUCGUGCUGCGUGGCGAGAACUAUAUACACGGGGAGUUCACAGGCUUCGAGAGUCCAAGAAUGGACAACGGUCGUGAGGCCCACGACUUCCAUGGCUAUCAAGAAGAUGACUCCAACGCCACCCACAACAACAGCCAAACUGGAGCAGGUGCUGCUUCGCUAAUGUUUCCAGCCCAAUCCAUCGUGACUGAUGCUGCUAGCGCUGCUGCUGCUGUUCUUCCAUGGCCGCUUCCGCUCGUGAACAGCUUGGCGCUGGCUCGCGAUCAAGAACGCUUCUUUCCUUCUCUUCCACCGCUCCCACCUCCGCCACUGCCUGCGUUCUACCAUGACUUGUAUGCACGUCGGGCGUCAACGGCGCUGCAGUUCGCGUGCGACGGCGGCGGUCUCGGAUCGUCGUCAUCGGACCCCUUGGGAUUGGCGGGACUUUACAUGGGACCAGAAGUACUGAUUCGCGGCCGGGGGUUGAUGUCUUCAUCCCCCUUCGCAGGUCUUCAUGCCGAGCUGGGCAAGAUGACACCCCAGGAAAUCAUGGACGCAAAGGCGCUCGCCGCAUCAAAGAGUCACAGCGAGGCCGAGCGACGACGCCGCGAGCGCAUCAACACCCAUCUCGCUCGGUUGCGCAGCUUGCUCCCCAGCACCACCAAAACAGACAAGGCGUCGUUGCUUGCGGAGGUGAUCCAACACGUCAAAGAAUUGAAGCGCCAGACGUUGGAGAUGGCAGAAGACAGCCCACUUCCCACGGAGACCGACGAGCUCACCGUCGACGCCACCAACGACGAGGAUGGCAGGUUCCUAGUGAGGGCUUCCCUGUGCUGCGACGACCGGUCGGACCUCCUCCCGGAUCUCAUCAAAGCCCUCAAGGUCCUGAAACUGCGCACGCUCAAGGCCGAGAUAGCCACCCUCGGCGGCCGCAUCAAGCACGUGCUUGUCAUCACCGGAGAAGAUGGUGCCGACCACCAGCAGCCGGAGCAGUCCGUCGCAUCGAUCCAGGACGCGCUCAGAGCCGUCAUGGAGCGGGCAUCGUCGACCGACGAGCCAACUGCAGCCGGCGGCAUCAAGCGGCAGCGCACCACCACCUUGUCCAGCACACUCGAACACCGGUCCAUAUGACUCGAUACCACAUUACAACCAUAUGCAGUCAUUUCCUUUUUUGUAGUCAUCUGUGUCGAUUGUAUUCUAUGGGCCAGUAUAUGUAUUGGGUCUGUGGGAUUGCAGAGCCGUGAAAGCUAUGUCGGAGGUAUAGCCGAAAGGGUUGGGGGUGGAUCUUUUCCGUGAUAUGUACAAUAAAUACACUGAACGUAAGAAAGAGGAAGUCAACACUUUGGAUGAUCUUUCCCA